UAAAAAGAAGUAAUUAUUCAAAAUGUAAACUCUUUCAACUUCUAAAGUGGACGGGGGAGGCUUCGUGCCUAGGGUUGGGGCGGCGAUAUUCAUCGUCCGCGUUUUUUCUUCUUCUCUUCGCACGGCGUGUGCGUCUCGCUCGAAGCACCUGGACUGCUCACGAGGAAUUGAAGCACCAGGACUCCGGCAGGUGUCUCGGUCGACAACAACUUCACCGAACGAGUUUGAUUUAGUGUUAUUGGACAAACGACAUGGAGCAGGGCGACAGCGAUGGCCGACUGUCUUUGGCGAUCAUCGAUUCAGGAGGAGGCUGCGGAUUUGAGACCAGUAAGGUAGCGAGGCGUGGUAAAUCGAUGCUGGGAUGGGUUAUCUUGGCCUUAUUGGUCAUUGAGAUGGAAACUACACCCGUGGUUUUUUAUCCGGGAGGUACAAUGAUGGGUUCGAGCUUGAAGAAAGGGACUGAUUUGAACUCCAAACGGCUGGGAAGGCGACUGAUGCGGUUGUUUUGGCAGAUCUGGCACAAUGAAAUCCAGAUUCGGGAAAGGGAGAAACAAGAUGAUGAGUUUAUGAUUCGACCCCUCCAGAACCGCCACUUUGGAAAGAUCGAGAGGCCAAGUUUUGGUGGAAGAUGAAGUUUUGAGAAAGAGUUUGGAGUUUUUAUCAGUUAUUACAUUUUUUAUGGGUGUCUUUUAGUGUUUUGCUUUAUUACGUUGUUCUGUUUUUUAUUAAUUUCUGUAGUUUUAGGCCUAAAAUAAUGAGGGACAAUUCUGUUAGAUAUUAUAUUGUUAUAAGGAUCGAUAUAGCCAGUGAGUGCUGGAUAUCCGUUUGGUGGUUAGCGAUUCGUAUCGCUCUUUCAAGGGUGGUCGUUUCUAUGUCUAGCCUUAGGGUUGAUAGUGAUAGUUGGUUAGAAUUUGUGGUUGUCAGUAUGGAUGUCUUUGAGUUUGAUGUAACGAUCCGAACCCUGAUGAUAUUAAUAUAAGCAGUUUCCCUUUCAAAAAAAAUAAAAUAAAAGUAAUUAAUGUAA